AUGAAUUCGAAGAUAUGUCCUCGACUCGAUCUUGUUGGGACUUCGACAAAGUCGAAAGAUACUAUUUCCAAACUCGCGGAGUCAUUUCGAACCACAACAUCCACUCUUCUAAGCUUCAUCUUCCCACUUUCCUUCCUCCUCUUAGCCAAACUCACAACCGCUCGCUUUCUCCUAACUUUCGGACGCAUUCAAACCAUGUCAUUUCUCGCCUCACUUUUCUUAAACCAAACCCCACUUGUCCUCCACAUGUUAAUCUCUUUAAUCACAAUUCCGGCACUAAUCCACAACCUAACCGGUCUAGCCAGGUUGACGAACAAACCGACCAGUCCGGUUAGGCCAAGUGGGGCUAAACUUUUGGGCAUGUGGAUUUUGUUAUGCACGUUUCAAGUUUGUGUUGGUAUUGGCAUCGAAGGGAGCAUGGCCACGGGGAUGGGUGUUGUCGAUUUUGAUGGCUUAGAAGGAUAUUAUUCGUUGGGUAAAUUGUGUUUGUUGUUUUUCUUCGUCGGUUUGCAUGAGACAACCCGAUAUUGGGCGAGGAUGGUAGUGAGGCCGGUGGUUGAUGACACGUUUUAUGGCGAGGGGAUCAAGGAGGAGACAUGGGUGGAAAGGGUGGGAGUUGCGGUUGGUUUUGGAGGGUUAUGGUGGUGUAGAAUGAGGGAUGAAGUUGAGUCAUUGGUUUUUGUGGUUAGAUGGAAGAAAGAAUUGUUGAUGGAAAUUGGAAUGGCGGAUAUGUUUGGAUGGUUGUUGUAUUAUUUGACUAUGGUUAUUGGGAUGGUUAGGGUUUUGAAUAGUUUGUCCGUGGUGGGAAGAAGAUUGUUUAUUAGGUCGAGGAAGGAAGACAUUGAUAGGUUUGGGAAUGAUCUUGAAGACAAUGUUUGAAGUUUCA